AUGUUGGAACCAUGGAAUAACAAGGAAAUAUUUCCACCCCCAAUAAAUACUUUCCUUUCAACUAACAAAAUAGAUAUAAGUAUCAUGAAAACUACCAUGAAUAACAUAGUACAGAUGCUUUUGAAACAAUCGCCUUUACAUCAAGAAAGUGCGAUCAUGUCGAGAUUAUUGUACAAAUUCGACAAAAAAUUUCGUAACGAUAUUGGAUAUCGAAACUUUAAAAAGUAUUACCAACGGAAGAGGAUCUACCUUAUCUCCCAACCAGGCAAAUGCUAG